CGUUCAGAGAGAGAACACCUGAGUGAAACAACGCAGGGAAUUCCACACAAUAAAAAUGACUUCAGGUCAAGCAGGUGAUCUAAGGAUUUUGCUCCUGGGUGAAACUGGAGUAGGAAAAAGCACAACUGGAAACACCAUCCUGGGCAGGAAUGCAUUUAAAGAGGCCAGUAAAAUGUGUGAGAGACAGGGAAGAGUUUUGGAUGGGAAGACCAUUACUGUAAUCGACACUCCAGGACUGUUCAAUACGUCUAUCACAGAAGAGCAAGUGAAGGCUGAAAUAGAGAUGUGUGUAGAGAUGUCUGCUCCUGGUCCUCAUGUGUUCCUGCUGGUGUUCAAACUGGGAGUGAGAUUCACACAAGAGGAGAAGAACUCAGUGCAAUGGAUCCAGGAGAACUUCGGAAAAGAGGCUUUGCUUCGUACAAUCAUUCUGUUUACUCAUACUGAUCUGCUGAAGGGUAAAUCUUUGGAGGCGUACAUCACGGAAAGCCACAAUUUACCGAGAAUAGUUGAAAGUUGUGGUGGCAGAUAUCACUCAUUCAACAAUGAAGAUAGAAACAAUCAACAGCAGGUUACAGAACUGCUGCAAAAGAUGAAUGCAUUGAGGAGGCAGCAUGGAAUGAGGCAUUACACACCUGAGAUGUUUCAUGAAGCAAAGAAGAAGCUACUGGGGAGAGUUGAGUGGUGGCUCUCAGGUGAUCUAAGGAUUUUGCUCCUGGGUGAAACUGGAGUAGGAAAAAGCACAACUGGAAACACCAUCCUGGGCAGGAAUGCAUUUAAAGAGGCCAGUAAAAUGUGUGAGAGACAGGGAAGAGUUUUGGAUGGGAAGACCAUUACUGUAAUCGACACUCCAGGACUGUUCAAUACGUCUAUCACAGAAGAGCAAGUGAAGGCUGAAAUAGAGAUGUGUGUAGAGAUGUCUGCUCCUGGUCCUCAUGUGUUCCUGCUGGUGUUCAAACUGGGAGUGAGAUUCACACAAGAGGAGAGGAACUCAGUGCAAUGGAUCCAGGAGAACUUCGGAAAAGAGGCUUUGCUUCGUACCAUCAUUCUGUUUACUCACACUGAUCUGCUGAAGGGUAAAUCUUUGGAGGAGUACAUCACGGAAAGCCACAAUUUAAUGAAAAUAGUUGAAAGUUGUGGUGGCAGAUAUCACUCAUUCAACAAUGAAGAUAGAAACAAUCAACAGCAGGUUACAGAACUGCUGCAAAAGAUGAAUGCAUUAAGGAGGCAGCAUGGAAUGAGGCAUUACACACCUGAGAUGUUUUACACAACUCAAACAGAAAUGACAGAGAAGGACAGAAUGAACCUGGCAAAGUUUCCAUAUAUUUUGUGUGCUAUUGUAUUGAUUGCAGUUAUAUUACUAGGGACAUGGCAUAUGAAAAGGGAGCUUGAACAGAAGGAGGAACAGCUGCAAAAGCAAAAGCAGGAGAACCAGAUACUGCAAAAGCAAGCGUAUGAGACUCAGAAACUGAUAAAGGACCUCGAACUGAAGGAGGAGAAGAUGCAGGAGCAAGAGCAGGAGAAUCAGAAACUGAUAAAAGAGCUCGAACUGAAGAAGGAGAAGAUGCAGAUGCAAGAGCAGGAGAAUCAGAAACUGAUAAAGGAUCUCGAACUGAAGAAGGAGAAGAUGCAGAUGCAAGAGCAGGAGAAUCAGAAACUUACAAAAAAGCUCGAACUGAAGGAGGUGAAGCAGCUGAUAAAGGAGCUCGAACUGAAGGAGGAGGAGAUGCAGAAGCAAGAGCAGGAGAAUCAGAAACUGACAAAAAAGUUCGAUAUGAAAAAGUUGGAGCAGCUGAUAAAAGAACUAAAAGCGAAAAUCCUGUCAACAUUCCUGUAA